UGAACUGAUUUACUGGAAGUCUAAUUUCAUGGGCACGUAGACCUAGAGAGUACGAAUAUAUAAUUGCCCGAGUCCAGAUCAAGGCCUUGGCAAAAUCUAGAUCAGCUGCCAUUCCACUGGUCUCUGUUAUUGAUGUCGUCGUGACAUUCUUUUCGCUCAUUUCUCAUCUUUCAUUCAUUGAACUGCCAAUCAAUUCAAAUGCCGCAAUUUAACUCCUUUUCGGCCUCGGUUGCAGGCCUGCUGCUGGGCUUGGGGGGAGCCAGCGGAGCCGCCGUGAGCUACCCUUCCAGUCUCGUAGCAUCUACGUACUUUGCUGGCUUCCAUUCCAAUCGCGGAUACCCCGUGUCGGACAUGUCAUGGGAUAAGUUCACCGACGUCAAAUAUGCGUUCGCGGAGACGACCCCCGACGGAGGCCUGGACCUGUCGCGCGCAGAGCCGGAUCAGAUCCCAAUUUUUGUCGAUGCUGCUAAGGAAAAUGGUGUGAAAGCGCUCAUUUCCAUUGGCGGUUGGACAGGGAGCAGAUGGUUCUCUACCAGCUUCGGAUCAGCCGAGAACCGAACAGCGUUCGUCAACACCUGUCUUGAUCUCGUCCAGGAGCACAACUUAGAUGGUCUCGACUUUGAUUGGGAGUACCCAAACAGGCAAGGUCUUGGCUGCAAUGCAAUUAACCAGAACGACACUGCCAACUUCCUCUCCUUCCUUGAGGAGCUGCGCGAACAGCCAAAGGGUAAAGACCUCUAUCUUACUGCUGCUGGCUCUCUAUUUCCAUGGAACGAUGCGUCGGGGGUCGCGUCGACGGAUCUCAAAGGUUUUGCCAGCGUUCUCGACUACGUCAUGAUCAUGAACUACGAUCUCUACGGCGCGUGGUCUUCAACCGGAGGGCCUAAUGCCCCUCUUUCUAGAGCCUGCGACUCUCGGAACAACCAAGGUGCGGCGGACGAGGGUAUAGCCAAGUGGCUAGCCACUGGUAUUCCCUCAUCACAAAUUGUUCUAGCCGUCCCUGCCUAUGCUCAUGGUUUCUCGGUCAACAACACGUCCGCUUUGGGAGCCCACGGCAAGCUCAACCUGUACCCUCCCCAGAACUCGUCGCACCGCUUCCAUGGGAGCAGCUGGGACUCCGACCCUCCUGUGGAUGACUGCGGCAAUGCGCAACCCCCCGGCGGCACGUAUACCUUCUGGAGCUUGAUCACCGAGGCUGGGUUCCUUACUAAGAAUGGUAAACCCGCUCCUGGAAUCGCCUACACUUUCGAUAACUGCAGCAAGACGCCUGCUGUUUACAACAAGACGAGCAACAUUUGGGUUUCAUAUGACGAUGCACACUCUUUCAAGGAGAAGGGUAAAUUCGUGAUCAAAAAUGGUCUCGGAGGGUUCGCAACUUACGAAGCUGGCGGCGAUUAUAACAAUAUCCUCAUCAAUGCCAUCCGCAAAGCGACUGGCUUAGAUUAA